AGAAGAUAGAGUCGCAUUUAUACAAAACAUCUCGAGGCACUUAUAAUUAAAUUGUGCAAUUACUAGAGAAGCUCGUUCUCAUCUACACAAAUAUACGUACAGUUGAAGCGCUGUACAUUUCGCGAUGUUACAUCGGGGGCCAGCCGCUGCUAUACGCCGGGCAGUCAUCCUCAAGUCCCAACCUCUGCAUGCCAAGUGUAGCAUAGUGGACAAUAUACAAAGACCAGCAUGCUCAAUGUCAUCAACAGUCCGAAACUACGCGUCGAUAUCAAACCCUAACUGUGCAAAAGAAGCACUUAGCGACCAGACUACCAACCAGAUUGUAGGCAAUGCUGGAAAUUUUGAACAAACACAAUCUACUCGUCCCGAUUUCGAUCAUUCCAAGAAAUCUAUCGAAGUGACCAAACACCCCAAUCCCGAUUGGCAAUACAGCGAUGGCAUUGGAAGCUAUGAAGCUGCCAGCCGCCAUGUUGAAGUAGAUCCCUAUGCGUCAGAUCGACCAAUGAUCAACAAUUACCGUCUCCUCAUAGCUGGCAUUGCGCCACGACCCAUUGGUUUCGUCAGCACCAUGUCCAAGGAUGGCGUCAAAAACCUCGCUCCAAUGAGCUACUUCCAGGUCGUUGACCAUGAUCCUCCUACAUUCGUGAUAGGAUUUUCCGCGCGCUCUGGUAGAAUCAAAGAUACGUAUCGGAACUUGAAAGAGACGGGAGAAUGCGUUAUCAACACUGUCUCCGAGCACAUGAUUGAAGCCGUUAACGCAACGUCCUUAGACGCUCCAUACGGUGUGUCUGAAUGGGAUAUCUCAGGACUUCAUGAAGCACCAACCACUACUGUGCGUCCAUCGAGGGUAGCGGAGUCGAUUUUCUCGGUUGAAGGAAAAGUUACAGAUAUCAAAGAGGUCGGUAACCAUGCAGAAGAUGGAACGAGCGCUGCAGGUAUUGUCCUGAUCCAAGCAACAAGGUUUUGGGUUAGGGAAGAUGCUACGAACGCGGACGUUAGCAAUAUUAAUCUAGACACGUUAAGACCAGUUGCUCAGCUUGGUGGCAUGUCGUAUGGGCGCAUAACUUCUACAUUUGAGUUGCCUCGAAAGCGUUGGAGCGAUGAGAGCCAGAAGAACAAGGUCUUGAAAGAUCUACACAACAUAAGCAAAUAAUUAGACGUGUUCUCAACGCCAAUAGGACAAUCGAUGACUGAUUGAAUGUUUACGCUAACACGGCGAACACUCAUCGUUCAUCACUGAUGAGUAAUGAUAUCAAGAGAUGGGUACUUCUUUGUUAAUUGUUCUUUAUCUUUAAAGUAAGCUUACUUGAUUUUUACAAAUCAUUCGUCAUAAAUGGUGAAGAUACGUGAAAGGAAAACAGUGAUUAUACACACGAG